CGGCUGAAGGCAGUUGAAGCCGCGGUUUGGCAGCGACACUCCCACCCUUUCCUUCUCCUCCUCCACUGGCUCAGAACCAGACGCCCCGGUUAAAAAUCCCUCCCACGGCAGGGCGGGGACGUCACUGUACUCAAAAAGAUCACGUUUAAUAUUCAUGAAGUCGCGAAUUGGCUCCCACUCGCGUCAGUCAGUCCCCGCUGAGCGACUUCUGUAGGCUGGCUGACUUCCUUUAAUAUUAUUUCUGGGCAACACGGGUAAAAGUAUCAAAAAAAAAUGUUGCCGAUCCACUGUACGUGUACCGACUGAAUGGAGGCACCCCCGACACCCAGCGGAGAUCGUACAUUACCGGGGCAAAGACAGCAACACACACCGAGCGGCGUGUUGAGUUCUCCGUAAACGUCCAGCCCUCGGCCUCCCCAUGCCUCCAUCUCCUCUCGACGACAGAAUUGUGGUGGCGCUGCCAAGGCCGAUCCGACCUCAGGAACUCCAACUGCGACUGGACACCAGCUACCUGGACUCCAUCGCUUCCACCAGCAGCGACGAGACGGUCAUCAGCACCACCGUGGUGAAAAUCCGGGCGACGGCUAAUCUUGUGACGUAUAUGCCCUCAUCCAAGGGCUCCACGCGCUCCUUGUCGUGUGGAUGCAGCAGUGCCAGCUGCUGCUCGGUCACCACCUACGAGAAGGACAGCCCGAGCCUGAACCACGGUCAGGUGAGCGCCAGCAGCCCCAACCUCAGCUAUGCCACUCCACCUAUGCUCGGUAACCACGAAGCAUUAAGCGCUACCACCAGCCUCGCCCCGGGCGCCGCCACUGUGAGAGUCAUCCACCCCAAUGAGCUGGCAAAGCGCAUGACCUGCUGCCCUAUGGGUCACCCCGUCGGGCCGGUGCCGGUCAUCAUCGACUGCCGGGCCUUCACGGAAUACAACAAGAGUCACAUUCGGGGCGCCGUGCACAUCAACUGCUCCGACAAGAUCAGCCGGCGGAGGCUGCAGCAGGGAAAAAUCACCGUGCUGGACCUCAUUUCCUGCCGCGAGGGCAAGGACUCAUUUAAGGGCAUCUUCUCCAAAGAUAUCGUGGUCUACGACGACAGCACCGCCGACCCGAACAGACUGGGGCCCUCGCAGCCUCUCCACGUGGUCCUGGAGUCGCUGAGGAGGGAGGGCAAGGACCCCAUUAUUCUCAAAGGAGGCCUUAGCUGCUUCAGGCAGAGCCACGAGAACCUGUGUGAACACUCGCUGCAUCUUCACGAAGGCUUGGACAUGGGCGCAACUGCCGGCCUCUCGGGGGCGCUACCUCACACCCUGCCCUCCACCCCGGAUAUAGAGAACGCAGACGUGACGCCCGUGUUGCCCUUCCUCUAUUUGGGUAACGAGCACGAUGCUCAGGACAUCAACUUGCUGCAGAGCCUGAACGUGGGCUUCAUCCUCAACGUGACCACCCAUCUGCCGCUCUACCACUACGACACGGGCAUGUUCAUCUACAAGCGCCUGCCUGCCACCGACAGCAACAAGCAGAACCUUCGCCAGUACUUUGAGGAGGCUUUCGAAUUCAUUGAGGAAGCACACCAAGCUGGUAUGGGCCUUCUCAUCCACUGUCAGGCCGGCGUGUCCCGCUCAGCCACCAUCGUCAUCGCCUACUUGAUGAAGCACACCUGGAUGACCAUGACGGACGCCUACAAGUUUGUGAAAACCAGGAGGCCCAUCAUCUCCCCGAACCUCAACUUCAUGGGUCAGCUGCUGGAGUUCGAGGAGGACCUCAACAACGGAAUAACGCCACGGAUCCUCACGCCAAAGCUCACGGGUGUGGAGACCAUCGUCUGAAACCGCUCACACUCAGUUUGGAAUGUGAGUUAAGUUGCUAUUUUUUUUUUCUUGAAUCUCAUCUCGGACUCUCUGGAGUGCCAAAAGCUGCGUGGGUCAGCACUGAUGAGAAAUGCCAAAAAAAUCCCUUCUGUUUGGACCUGGCCUGCGUCCCGGAGGAGGAGUGGGGAUGAGUUGGAGAUGUUGAGACAGACAGACGGAGAAUGUGCUUGGAGGAGUUCCAUUCGGGACUGCGGAGGAGCGGGUGUGUGGAUAGAAGAAGAUGACGGGAGAAACUCCGCUUUGCGCUGUGGCACACGUGUUAGCAGGCAGGGACUGGCCGAACCAAAAAAAAAAAUAAACAGUUGAAGACA